CGAGACGGCCUGCAAAGCAAUUAAAUAGGCGGUGUGUAGUGUUGCUGGCUGUCCAGACACAGUAGCCUUGUGCGCGCCAGAACUCACAGCGAGCGUUUAGUUCUUUGCGCGCGAAAGCUUCCAAAAAUGGACCUCCCUCCGGAGCUGGCCGUGCUGGCCGAUAAAGUUCUGUCACUUUCCCCGGUUGUGCUGGUCGCGCUCGGCAGCGCGGUGCUUAUCCUUGCGCUGGCCGUGGGCCGGGUGCUCUUCAACCUGCUGCCGAGCAAGCGUCCCCCGGUGUGGGAGGGCCUUCCCUUCAUCGGCGGACUUCUCAAGUUCACUGGGGGCCCGUGGAAGCUGCUUGAGAACGGCUAUGCCAAGUUUGGCGAGUGCUUUACGGUCCCCGUCGCGCAUCGUCGCGUGACAUUCCUCAUCGGCCCCGAGGUGUCGCCCCACUUCUUCAAGGCUGGCGACGAUGAGAUGAGCCAGUCGGAGGUGUACGACUUCAACAUUCCCACCUUCGGCCGUGGCGUCGUCUUUGAUGUGGAGCAGAAGGUCCGCACAGAGCAAUUUCGCAUGUUCACUGAGGCGCUGACCAAGAACCGCCUGAAGUCGUACGUGCCCCACUUCAACAAGGAGGCCGAGGAGUACUUCGCCAAGUGGGGCGAGACGGGCGUUGUUGAUUUCAAGGACGAGUUCAGCAAGCUCAUUACGCUGACCGCCGCCCGCACACUGCUGGGCCGCGAGGUGCGCGAGCAGCUGUUUGAUGAGGUGGCGGACCUGCUGCACGGCCUGGAUGAGGGCAUGGUGCCGCUGUCCGUGUUCUUCCCCUACGCCCCCAUCCCCGUGCACUUCAAGCGCGACCGGUGCCGCAAGGAUCUGGCGGCGAUCUUUGCCAAGAUUAUCCGCGCCCGCCGCGAGUCGGGCCGCCGCGAGGAGGACGUGCUGCAGCAGUUCAUCGACGCCAGGUACCAGAACGUGAACGGUGGCCGCGCGCUAACGGAGGAGGAGAUCACGGGCCUGCUGAUCGCCGUGCUGUUCGCGGGCCAGCACACCAGCUCCAUUACCACCUCGUGGACCGGCAUCUUCAUGGCCGCCAACAAGGAGCACUACAACAAGGCGGCUGAGGAGCAGCAGGACAUCAUCAGGAAGUUUGGCAACGAGCUGUCGUUCGAGACGCUGAGCGAGAUGGAGGUGCUGCACCGCAACAUCACCGAGGCACUGCGCAUGCACCCGCCGUUGCUGCUGGUGAUGCGCUACGCCAAGAAGCCGUUCUCCGUGACCACCAGCACCGGGAAGAGCUACGUCAUUCCCAAGGGCGACGUGGUGGCGGCCUCGCCCAACUUCUCGCACAUGCUGCCCCAGUGCUUCAACAACCCCAAGGCCUACGACCCCGACCGCUUUGCGCCGCCGCGCGAGGAGCAGAACAAGCCCUACGCCUUCAUCGGGUUCGGCGCCGGCCGCCACGCCUGCAUCGGCCAGAACUUCGCCUACCUGCAGAUCAAGUCCAUCUGGUCGGUGUUGCUGCGCAACUUCGAGUUUGAGCUGCUGGACCCCGUGCCGGAGGCUGACUACGAGUCCAUGGUGAUCGGGCCCAAGCCAUGCCGCGUGCGCUACACGCGCCGCAAGCUGUAAGCUGGCCGUUGCAGUUCGGGUGGCUUAUCAGUCGUCCCUUUAGGUCUCCCUGUAAGGAGGUCGAGGAGACCAACAUGAGGUUUGCCGCCCAGGGGAUGCGGUUGAGGCGGCGGCAUGGCGAUAUGUGAAGAGGGGCGAGGGAGGAAGUGCAUGUGGGCUGGUGGUGCAGAGUGUGUGAAAGGUUAUGAGCGCGGUCAGGUACAUUUACUGUUGUAGACGUACGUGAAGGCGUGCACAUAGUUGCCUAGGCAUGGGUAACGCAAGACAAGGUAAGGUCAGGAGUGUACUAUAUGGAGUCGCCGAGCAGACUGCUGGAGCGGGCUUCAUGGCGGACUUGCUCAAUGGCUAAGAUGUUGCUUGAGCACAAGCCUUUGCACGUGGCAUUCAAGUCAUCACACGCGGGCUACCAGUACCUCGACGAUAGUGACUUUGCAGGGAGGGGUUUAUGUGACUAAGGGCACCUUAAGAGUCUUCGGUGUGUAUCUGGUCUGCUAUGCAAGCUUCGUGCCGUGGGUGCGGGCGCGCUGUGGUUCGGCACGCCAUUUUGACGUUUCACGGCAUGCGCGGGCUGCCAUACGCUGGCAGAUGUGUGGGGCUGUGCUGGACUUAAGGGUCUAGGUAGUGCAACGAUGAGUCGAUGACUUUACAGCAAGCGGUGCGCUGGCCAAACUGGCAUAUAACGUUUGGUGUACACAGCUUACAUGCACGGCUCUGGGGCGCCUGGGCGUACUGGUGACAGUGACGGAGCUGGGCCAAUGGGUGACAUGCGAAUGCAGAGCGGAGGGAACAGGCACGGCCACAAGGAGACCGUGCAAAGCGGCGCCGGGGCAGAGGAUAAGGGCUGCCGGGUGGCCUGUGUCUGUUUGGGGGCACAGCUUUUGCCAGCUGCUUGCCUUUGGGGGGCUGUGGGCGAUAUGCUGCAUGCUGGACUGAGCUGAACCUGGAUCGCGGGCCCUGCCUUCUUCCGACUGCUGGGUCACUCGUAUCUCUUUGACAGAAAUCUGCUCCCAAAGGCCUUUGCUGCCUCAGGCUGCCUUGAUCUUGCAUUGAAACACGGUACCUGUCAAGGCGCCUGGGUACUCCACGGCCGUGUAAUAACGUGCAAAAGCGCAAGGUGUCGUGUCGAGCAUACUACGACGGAAGGGGCUAACAGUUCGCUGAAGUACCGGUACUUCUUUUUUUUGCCGGUGUGGUUACAUUGCCCCCACGGACACGAACCGUGGGCCGGUUGAGAAUAGAUGCGGAAAUCUGUCACUGGCGCCGGCCCUGCCCUCGUGAGACAAGAGCAUUGCGUACGGCACCUUGCAGGUAGCCAGUGCGCUCCUGUCCAUAACUCCUGACGAC